AUGAAUACAAUCUAUACUACUUUUCGGAUAACUACUAAUGAUGGUCUUUUAAACGAUCCAGACGACUAUUAUGUGUUUGGUACAAUAUUGAAUAAAUCAUUAUAUUUAUCAUCUAAAAUAAGAGAUGAUGAUGAUGAUGAUGAUGAUGAUGAUGAUGAUGAUGAUGAUGAUGAUGAUGAUGAUGAUGAUGAUGAUGAUGAUGAUGAUGAUGAUGAUGAUGAUGAUGAUGAUGAUGAUGAUGAUGAUGAUGAUGAUGAUGAUGAUGAUGAUGAUGAUGAUGAUAUUUCUAUCAAUUCUAAGUCUUCUAAAAAUAAGUCAUUCUAUCGUUGA